AUGACCGGCCUGGAAAAGCAGCGAGUCGAGGCGAAAUUCUUCGACCUGGACGAGAUUAUCGCCAAAUCUGAGUCGACCUCCUGCACUUUCGACAUGGCAGAGCUGGAUCCAGGUUUUUUUCAAGAAAUGAUGGGGAUUUCGAAGCCCACACAGAAUGGCGAUGGGUACGGCGCAGACGCUCCGCUGUGGCUUCUAGAGUCGAUGAGGACACCAUUUACGAUCCACCUCCCACAAGCGUUUAGUGUGAACAUGCAAGGAGUCCUGAACGCUGACUCGCGGACAGUGAAUCUGGCACGAAUGCAGCAACAAUUCUACACGAAUGGAAUGCAAUUGUGCCAUUUGAUGAAGGAGCACAACGCCGAGGGAGCUCUGAAUCUCGCCAAAUGCCUGCUCUCCACGCUUACCCAACGUCUCGGCGGGAUUCUUUCGAAUUCGACGCAUCAGCGAACGAAGGGAGAGAAAUUCGAUUGUCUGGAGACUAAGGUGUUUUUGGAGGGACGCCGAUGCAAGGAGGACAUCGAUCAGUGGCUCAGACAGGACAACAAGGGCACCAGCAAGAAGCGAAAGCGAGAAUCUUUUUAA